GGGGUUGCCAUCCUCCUCUUAAUUAGAGUAGAAGAAGAAGCUUUUCGUCUCAGCCCACCUGACGCUGCUACCUGCCCUCCAGGUUCAUCUUGACCGAACCUCUGCCAGGUGAACAUCAACGCAAAUAUGUUCAGAGUUUCAAGGAUGAGAAAGAUCAAAGCAAAAACGUUGUUGCUGGCAGCAGCUGUUGGUCUGUGGAUCCUCCACCUCUUUAAAUAUUUUAGUGAUAGCAAAACCUUCCAACACAAUUUCGAUGUGAGAGAGGAUCGAGUUCAAAUAAGACAACCCACCACCAAAAGCAGCUCCUAUGUGUACUCCUGGCCAAGAUGUCAACAAAACACGUCUGCUGACAACAUCACAGGCUUCAGCUCUCUUCCUGGUAAUAUGAAAAACUUCAUUUACUAUCGACACUGUUGCCAUUUCCCCAUGCUUUUGGACGUUCCUGGCAAAUGUGGAGGAGCUGAGAAAUCAGCAGAAGUCUUCCUUCUUCUGGUCAUUAAAAGCUCUCCUGUGAACUACGACCGCAGAGAGGUGCUGCGCAAAACCUGGGCUAAAGAGAGGUUACACAAUGGUGUGUGUAUCCGGAGGAUCUUCAUCUCAGGAACAAUGGAUUCUGGUUUUGAGAAAGAAAGACUGAACAAACUACUUGAGCUGGAGCAACGUGAGUACAAUGAUAUUCUCCAAUGGGACUUCAGUGACACAUUCUACAACCUCACCUUGAAGCAGAUACUCUUCCUGGAAUGGAUGGAGAGAAACUGUCCAAAUGCUCGCUUCUUGUUCAGUGGGGAUGAUGACAUCUUUGCUAACACAGACAACAUGGUCGAGUAUCUCCAAAACCUCAAGGACAAUAAUGGAAGCAAGCACCUCUUUACUGGUAGCAUCAUGGCGGGUACGGGGCCAAUCAGAGAUCCAGGGAACAGGUAUUUUGUCCCAGUUCAGGUAUAUGAGUCAGACUCAUAUCCUCCCUACCUGAGUGGUGGGGGCUAUCUGUUGUCUGGUUACACAGCUUCGGUCAUAUACAAAAUGUCCCAGUCCAUCGACAUUAUACCCAUUGAUGAUGCUUACAUGGGGAUGUGUCUGGCCAAAGCAGGACUCAGUCCCAUGUCCCAUAUUGGUGUGAAGGUAUUCGGAGUUGAUUUUCGCUCCAGCAAACUAGAUAGAUAUGACCCUUGUUAUUAUAGAGACUUUUUGCUGGUACACAGGUUCCUUCCAAUCCAGAUAUAUCAGAUGUGGCACAGAAUACAUGAUCCAAAUCUGAUCUGUACCAAACAACCUACAGAUGGAUGAGUUCCUGCUCUCAGGAUAUGAGUUCAGGUAUGGACUUUUUCAUUCUGUCACAAGAAAAGGUUUGGACUGUUUUCCACCAAUGUUUAACUGUGCAUUGGAACUGUUUUUGUUUUUUUGGAACGAUGGGCCUGACAUGUUUGUUUCCAUCAUGCAUUAUUUUGUUAACUAAAAAUGACACAUAGCACCAACAAAUGAUUACCAAUACAUUUAUCAUUUAUACAAACCUCCUUACUUACCCAUCCAGCAGAAAAUGGUACAUGCUGCAUGUUCUAUUCCCAGUGUGUCUGAUGUUUGUUGCUGUGCAGGUACCAUAUUGUUUUAGCUGAAAACAACUGCUGGAAACAGGGCUGAUCAGAGCCAUGACAUCCUAUCUUAGAGUAGAUUUUCAGGCCAGAAAAUGAACAACACAACAACAAACUCGAAGCUCCACAGUACUGCUCAGUUCACAUUCAAUUAAGAAAUUGAUUAUUGGCGUGUUAAAUGUGCAAUACGAAAUAAGUUUAGUAGAAAACACGAAAAAAAAUUAAGUAUAAUCAUCAACAGAAUGUGAAAAAGCUCUGAUGCUGUGACAUAUAUGUAUUUUUGCAAAGAUAUCCACUGAAUAGCAUGCAACUCCAACAUCCAACUGCAUAAACACCACAUCAUGGUUACUCUGUUGAUAUGUUUAGAGUAUCAAUUUGACAGGUGGCCAAUUCUUACAUAUUGCAACUUUGGUAUUGGUGAAGCCAAACUACGCACAAAUCAAGCUAAAUAACAUCUACACAAUGAGCAAUGAGCUAGCCUAUGAGGGAAAAAUCUGCCCAAUUAGAAAACAGACCAGUGAUAGUUAGCACCAAAGGCACACCGAGUGUUUUACCAAUACUGUGCAGACGUCCCUGUUUUCCAUCUACAGUCAGCAUUGUUGGAGGCCUUUCCCCGGCUAAAGCUGUUCCCAGAAAUGUCCCCGUUUUUAACAAUGCAUCAUCACAAAUCUUAAAGAGGGCUGUUUUUCCUAAUACCAUGCAGUUUGACUUUUUAGAGAUACAUGGUUGUCACAGGGCAGCCUCACAUCAAAUGCAUGAUAAUGUGUUAUUAGAAUUAAACUACCCGAUGGUGUAUGAAGUAGUUAGAAUUAGCUCAACUUUCAACAUCUACAGUCAGUAAAAACUUUUAUCACUAGGCCUACUUACAGUUUAUUACAGCACCAGAAACAGUACCAUGGUCAAAAUACUUGAAAGUGGCACUGGAUGUUUUAUGAAAUUCUGACUGCCGAACUGGAAAUGUUCCCGGGUUUCAUUUCAGAAACCUGGUCCCUUUAUUGUAUUUUAGACUCGAAAUACUCGUUGUGCCUUAUUCGAACCGUUCCAGAGCCAACAAAAGUGAAAUCGAUUGAACAGUGUGUUUUUCCUGCUUUACACUGGCAUGUCCAUCUAGCUAGAUAACUCAGUGUGGUUAUUUAUUUACAAUCACCUCCAAGGCCAAAGAGCAUGUCAGUCAUUUGUUGGAUUACAGGGUUGGUUACGUGACAAAAAGCUCUGUCCAUAAAAGUUUAGGGUAGGGUUAGAAUCUCCUGUUCUUAAUUCUGUUCUUUAUUGGACAUUCAUUAAUGAUCUAGUUACAUGUAGCUACAGCUGAACAUUUCUAAAAUGAAGUGGUAUUAAGUGGUAAAUGGCAGGUGUAAAGCAAGUAAUAAAGGGGUCAAGACCAAGUGAGCAUUCUACGUAAAAAUAAAGAGAGUGUAGCUAACAAGAAAUGUAGUAUUUGACAUCAAAAUUUUGGGAAAUUCUUCAUAAAGUUAGAUCAUUUUAUAUUUACCUUGUGGUAUAUGGAAAGCUAUACUGGGUGGUUUUAGUUGUUCUGGCCGAUUGGAUGUAGAUUGUUACCAGCCUGUUUUAAAUUGUUGACAGACAAUCCAGUCAUGACUGUCAAAAGUUUCUGGCACGAUACGUCUCGAAGAUCAACUCCCAUAAGUUCGCACCAAAUGCUUUUUAGAUGUGUUUGCUUGUAUUUAGGUAUUUAACCUCUUCUAUAGAUGAACACUGGCAUCAGGACUGUUGCAGGGCUAAAUGGUCGGCUGAGACUGUGGUGUCCAAAGUCUUCUAAAAAGAAAAAAAAAGAAAGAAAGAAAAACAACAAGAAAAAGGAAAGAAAAAUAUCAUUCAAAAAUAAUUCCUCAGGGUUUCUCAAAAAUAAAAAUGUUAAUAAGUUUACAGUUUUCUUUAAUUUGAAUGUUUGUUUACUUAUAACCUAUAUAUUUGUAUUAGAGUAAUAUCUUCAUAUGUUUUUGUGCCUUACAUAAGUGCUUCUGUUAAAGGAUUAAAGGUUAGGAUUGCAAAAAGAUGUUUUUGUCCUUCGAAACUAUAUAUGUACUGUCAAUAAUUAAAAAUGCUCAUUAGAAGGGGUCUCCAGUAAGAAUUCAUAUGUAUGUUUACUCUAUGGUGUUAGGAUUUUGUAAGUUGAAAAGAGUUGAUUCCUUUUUUACAGGUAUUGUAUAUAUAACUUCCAGAUCAAUUUUAUUUCCAUACUGCAAACAUAUGAGUUUGUUUUGUUUUAUAAUCAACGGUUUUGAAAGAAAGGGAGUACUGCAUGUAAUAAACAUGUAUUUACUAUGAACCAAAAAACUAAA